CCUGCUCAAACCAAAAUUGAUCUUUUUGCAAGAUCUGGUUCUUAUUCAUAUACUAAAGCGAAGAAUGAUAAGCUGACCAAAGCUCUUGUUAAGUUUAUUAUCCAGGAUGCACAACCAAUUAGUCUUGCAGUAAGCCCUAACUUCUGUGAGUUCAUAAAGGAAUUAAAUCCAAGUAUUACUUUCCCUUACAUAUGUCACACUGCCAAUGUUAUUCAAGAAAAAUUAGAAGAAGUAAUUGAAAACUGGGGUCUUACCAGAAAGGUAUAUUCAAUUACAACCGACAAUGGGGCUAAUAUGAAAGUGGCAAUUAAUAAAAUGAGUAAUAUAAUAAGAAUUCCAUGUUCAGCCCAUACAUUACAGCUUGUUGUUGGAAAGGGUUUGAUGCCUGUUGAACAAAAUGAACGACUCGAAGAUGCUCAAAAAACACUAUGGAUCUUAGAUAAUAAUGUAAAGGUUAUUAAUAGAAAUAUUUUAGAUUAUAAUAAAAUAUUCAACCACUCUCAAACUGUAGUGGUUUAUAUGUUUUAUUGUAGCUUGAAAUAUUCUAUUGAUAACCCUGAAAAGAUGUUUCAUAAUGCCAUCAACAUUGUCUUAGCAACAUUAAGUGUUUCAAGUACAUCUGAAGCAAGAAAAGACGCAAGAAGGUUAAAAGAAAUACAAUUAACUGAUAAUGAGUGGGAUUUGAUGCGAGAUAUUGUUAAUAUUUUGGGUCCCUUCUUUGAAGUUACAGAAUUACUUGGUGGUUCCGAAUAUGUUACAUUUUUCUAUAUGAUCCCCUCUAUUUUAGGAUUGAUGGAUAAGUUGGAUUGCUCUACAGACCAUUUAAAUGAAUCGAAUAACAUAAAUUUUGAAAUGCCUGACCUAGUAUUCGACAAUAAUGUUGGAUUUGUUGAUGCACAGAAAGAGGAAGAAGGUGGUCCUAAAGGAAAAAAAAUUAAAAUCAAUACACCUAUUGAUGUUACUAAUAUGCAGCACAAAAUUAAGAAUGCAUUAUAUAAUGCACUCUUACACUAUUGGGAUUUUUCAGAUGAAGAAUUAUUCCUUGCAUACCUUCUGGAUCUGAGGUUUAAAAAAUUAAGAUUUGCAACAUCAACUCAACAACUCUAA